AUGCCCCGUCGUCUCCCACUCGCCUUGCUCCCACUUCACACCAAGGCCAUGCCUCGCCUCUCCUCCACCACGCCCAUGUCGCCACUCCGCCUCCGCCUCCGCGCCCGCCACUCCUCCUCCACCUCCCAUUCCUCACGCAGCUGGGAGCCCCACACCGCCUUCGCCGCCGCCACGGAGCGUGCGCGCUCUGGCAACCUCACCCCGGAGGACGCACACCACCUGUUCGAUGAAUUGCUGCGGCAGGCCAAUCCUGUCCAGGAGCGCCCGCUCAACAACCUUCUUGCCGCCCUCGCCCGCGCUCCGGCGUCCGCGGCGUGCAGUGAUGGCCUUGCACUCGCAGUCAACCUCUUCAGCCGCAUAUCCCAAGGCGCCCGCUGUGUGGCGCACCCAACGGCCUGCACCUACGGCAUCCUCAUGGACUGUUGCUGCCGCGCACACCGCCUCGAUCUGGCGUUUGCUUUCUUCGGCCGUCUCCUCAGGACGGGACUUAAGGCAGGCGUCAUUCAAGUUUGCACUCUUCUCAAGGGCCUCUGCCACGCAAAGCGCACAGAUGAGGCUCUCAACGUGCUGCUUCACAGGAUGACUGAGCUGGGCUGCACCCCUGACGUGGUGGCGUAUAACACGGUCAUCCAUGGCUUCUUCAAGGAAGGCCAAGUAGGCAAGGCGUGCAGCCUGUUCCAUGAAAUGGCGCAGCAGGGCGUUGCGCCUAAUUUGAUGACAUAUACCUCGGUUAUUGAUGCGCUGUGCAAGGCCAAAGCAAUGGACAAGGCAGAGUAUUUCCUUCGUCAGAUGGUUGAUAAUGGUGUCGUACCUGAUAAUGUCACAUAUAAUAGCCUCAUCCAUGGAUAUUCCUCUUCAGGCCAUUGGAAGGAGGCAGUUAGGGUAUCCAAAGAGAUGACAAGUCGGAGGGUUACAGCAGAUGUGCAUACUUACAACAUGUUUAUGACCUUUCUUUGCAAACAUUGAAGAAGCAAAGAAGCUGCAGGAAUUUUUGAUACCAUGGCUAUGAAGGGCCUGAAACCUGACAACGUUUCAUAUGCUAUUCUCCUUCAUGGGUAUGCCACCGAAGGAUGCUUAGUUGAUAUGAUUAAUCUCUUCAAUUCAAUGGAAAGAAACUGUAUUCUACCUGACUGUUGUAUCUUCAACAUACUGAUUAAUGCAUAUGCUAAAUCUGGGAAGCUUGAUAA